CGGUGGCCGCCGAGGGCCAAUCGCGGCGCCCUUCCCGACGCGCCCCGCGGCCGGGCUGUACACAAUCAUCAUGGCCGCCACCUCUGCUUCCCCCGACUCGGAGGAAGCCGGCAUGGACGCGGAGGUGCGGAACCCGCCCGUGGGCUGCCAAGGCGGAGAGGAGGAGAAUGGCUCCCUAGCUGCCGAGAAGGCCUCGGAGGCCGACGAGCCCCAGAGCGAGGCCCCCGACCUGGAGGCCGCCUCCGUCAGCAACGGCGGCGACACCGAGACGGAGAAGGAGCUGGUGGAGCUGAAGAUCAUCUGGAACAAGAACAAGUACGACCUCAAGUUCCCUCUGGACAGCACAGGAGCGGACCUGAAGCUGAAAAUCCACUCGCUGACAGGCCUCCCGCCCGCCAUGCAGAAGGUCAUGUUCAAAGGACUGCUUCCGGAGGAAAAAACCUUGCGGGAAAUCAAAGUGAUCAGCGGAGCCAAAAUAAUGGUGGUGGGUUCGACCAUCAAUGACGUCUUGGCGGUCAACACCCCAAAAGAUGCAGCUCAGCAGGAAGUGAAGUCGGAAGAGGCCAAGAAGGAGCCCCUCUGCAGACAGAAGCAACAUAGGAAAGUCUUGGAUAAAGGGAAGCCUGAAGAUGUCAUGCCUUCUGUCAAAGGUGUCCAGGAGCGUCUGCCGACUGUUCCUUUAUCGGGCAUGUACAACAAGUCAGGUGGAAAAGUACGGCUAACCUUUAAACUUGAACAAGAUCAGCUCUGGAUUGGCACUAAAGAAAGAACAGAAAAGUUACCCAUGGGAUCCAUCAAGAACGUGGUGAGCGAACCCAUUGAAGGGCAUGAAGAUUAUCAUAUGAUGGCUUUCCAGUUGGGUCCCACAGAAGCCUCUUACUACUGGGUCUACUGGGUGCCCACCCAGUACGUGGAUGCAAUCAAGGAUACGGUGCUAGGGAAGUGGCAGUACUUUUGAAGGCACGCUCACCUCUGGCAUGGAGACGGACUGGGAUCUUAAGGACACUGCUGGAAGAGGCCCGGAUGGGUUUGGCUCCUGGGACUUCUUCACCAACGCCAUCUGGGAGAGGCCUGGGAGAACGCCAGAGGUGGGGAUCUCUCGCCAUUAGUUCCUUUUUAACUUAAAGCAGUGCAGCAGCAACGGCGGCGGCGGCAGCGGCAGCAGCAGCAGCUCUUGUUCUGCGGCAGCUUCAACCGUAUUUAAAAAAAAGCAAAUACAAAUGGAAAUCAAUAAAUCUUAAUUU